AUGGGAUACAACUUCGAAAUUCCAGCGACUAUUGCCAAAGUCCGGACAAAGAUCGACCAGCCCUUUAGGGUGGGCAUGGCACUGGGUGUGAUGCAUUAUCACAUCGUUCCACUGAUAGCAACACAUUUGGAGAACGCUAUCGGGUUCCGCAACAAGGUUCCAGAAGCCCUAACAUGGGCUACCGGGUUCGUGGAUGCGAUCGAUCAGUACAUUGCACAUCUACGUCUUACGGAUGGCUGUUCUGAGAAGUUCCCGAACGACACAACCGUCGAUCGCAAGAGUCGACGGCCACAGCCCAAGUAUAUGGAGCGCUACACCUACCUCAUCGAAAACAUGUACAAGGAACAUAUCCGCGAACAGCUGUGCGACGUCUUCCAGUCGUGGAGCAAGGAGCAAACACGGCUCUUUAACAAAGGGGUUGACAAAGCACUCUCAGGAAUACAGUGGGUCAUGUAUCCGGAAGAGAAUGUUGUUUUGAACGCUGGCGGCGAUGAGUGGGCGAUAUGGCUUCGCGGGAAAUGCGAGGAGUUGGGGAUGCUUGAGGCUAGGGCGGAGAGAAAGGUACUUGAAGACAUGUAG